AUGCUCAAGAUGUGCCGGCAUCUGUUUUCUUCCGCGGUGCUGCUCCUUUUUGUGCUGUUGAUAUGCUGCGGCAGUCCGGCUGUGCACGCCGAGGGAAACGCACCAGCGGCAGCGCAAGUGCCAAAGACUGUUGAUCUUUUUGUGCCGAAUCGAACGAUUGUGGAACGGGGUGGUGGGCGUCGAACGAGGGAUUCUUUCGCCUCACCUUCCCUCGCCAGUGCUGGUGGGGUCUUGAUUGCUUUUGCCGAGGGCCACAUCGACCAUACAAACAGCCUCCAACAGAGGUCGGAUUGGCUUACGUUUGCCGAUAUUGUGGCAGGGUACAUCAAAUCUGCGGAGAGCUGGUCAUCUCUUGUCGCUGAGGUCAAUGCAAGCACUUGGGAGGCGCACGGCGUCCUCGACCGAACCAACAUUGUGGAUCAUGUGGGCAUUGCGUCCCUUCCCACAACAAUUGCAAAGGACAACAAGGUGUUUCUCCUUGUGGGAAGCUACGAUUGGAUCAAGAAACCUGAGGGGCACUGGGAAGCGGGGAAGUGGGAUCUUGAGCUGGUGGUGGGUGAGGCCAGGCAGCCCAAGGAGACGCAAGAUAAAGUUAUCCAAUGGGGCCAACGCAUCUCGCUGUUAUCACAGAUCGAACCAUCUGCUACACGACGUGGCGUGAAGGACUUCAUCGGUGCUGGUGGCUCAGGCGUUGUGAUGAAGGAUGGCAGGCUUGUCUUUCCGCUGGUGGCGAGGAGGGGAGAAGAUUUUGUCUCCAUGAUUAUUUAUUCGGCGGAUGACGGCAACAGUUGGACACUUCCACAGGGGAUGCCCCCCGCGGGGUGCACUGGCCUCUUCAUCGUGGAGUGGGAGCAGGGGCAGCUUCUCAUGAUUGCUCAAUGUCUGCAUGCCCGCAAGGUGUUCGAGUCGAGGGACAUGGGGGCAACGUGGACUGAGGCUGUCAGGACACUCACACGCGUGCAGGCCAACUUUCUAUCAGCCCCUUCGCAGUUGGAUCAGCGUGUGACAUCCCUCACCACUGCGACCAUUGCCGGAAAGAAGGUCAUGCUGUACACCCAGAAAGGGAUUACCCCUGAGGAGAAAGUGCGAGCCACCGCGCUCUACCUUUGGGUCACUGACAACAACCGCACGUUUCACCUCGGGCCCAUUUCCAUGGACGCUACGGAGAGGUGGACGUCUGGCAACGCCCUGCUGCACUCGAAAAAUGCGUUGUACCUUUUACAGGAGGGGGGCAGUCCAAAGGCCAGAAGCGUGGCUCUUGCUUCCCUAACGGGGGAGCUGAAGACGAUCACGUCCGUCUUGGAGACUUGGGCAAGUGUGGACUCCUUCCUCUCGAACUCGUCUGUGCCCACGGUCGGUCUGGUUGGAUUUUUGUCGGGUGCAUCGAGUGAAGGAACUUGGGACGACGCGUACCGUUGCGUGGGUGCAACUGUGACGAAUGCAACGAAGGUCGAAAAUGGCUUUAAGUUCACGGGGUCCGAAUCACACGCCAUGUGGCCCGUGAACAUGUGGUACAAUGACAAGCUGUACGGCUUUGUGGAUUAUGAGUUCACGCUUGUGGCGACGGUGACGAUUCAUAAGGCUCCGAACGGGAGCGCUUCUCUGCUGGGUGCAGGCCUGGAGGACAAUGAAGAAACGAAGUUUGUGGGGCUGUCGUACACGAGGGAGAAACAGUGGGGGACAGUCUUCAACGGCAUCACGACAACACGCAACAGCACUUGGGAGCCGGGGAAGGAGUACAAAGUGGCGCUCAUGCUGCAGGGCAACGAGGGCUCCGUGUACGUGGACGGCGUGCUUGUGGGGAUUACUAACAAACUACCAACCCUUGAGGCACGGAGGUACCAAAUAUCACACUUUUACUUUGGCGGCAGCGAGAGCAGCAGUGUGACAGUAAAGAACGUCUUUUUGUACAACCGCCCACUGAAUGGAGUCAAAAAGGUUGACGACUCCGAUGCAUCUCGGGAGCGUGCAGGCGGAAGCUCCACGCAUGAGGAUGGGCCUGCUCCGGAGACGUGGCACAAUGCCGGCAGCCCCGCCGUCUUGUCUACUGACGGCGAUGCUGCACACAAUAAGCCCACCGGCGAUUUUCCGGGGCUUACGGGAGCGCAAGCAGCUGCGGAGAAGGGCUUGUCGCUGAAUGGAGGAGGCGGUGACAGCGCCGGGUACCAUGGGGGUGUGUCUCGGGGGAUGCUGCUGGCUGUUCUGGGGCUUUGCGGCGCCGCAGCGGUCUUCUGA